AUGUGCGAAGGAUUUGUCAUGGGUGUGCGAACGAAUGGCAUACAGCCGAAAUAUGGCUUGGAGUCGGUGAUAGUACUACAGCAAGGAAAAGGCACCACAAUUGACAUCGAAGAGUUUGUGGUGCGAAGUGGAGAGCAUGUGAUCAGAGAGCUUGAUCGAGUUAACAGUAACGAAUACGAUCUCGGACGAAUCCAACGUGCAACGUCGUCGGAUAGCGCUCGAUCUCAUUGA